AUGUUCAUGGGGCUGGCCCGUUUAUUCACUGUUAUUGUUAUUAUAAUUACCGUUCAACAAGUCGUCGGGCACGAUUCUAAACAAAACCAUGGAGGAGGAAGAAACGCUACCAAAACACAACACAUAGUCUUAAAAAAUAACACGGCACGUCAAAACAACAAGUUCCACAAGACUACGACGCAAUUUCGCAAUAAACCUCUCGACAAAACACGGAAAAGCCGUGGGAUUCCAUUGUCUGCUUUAGCAGGACUUGACCGAGCCGCUCUCGGAUUAAACCCUGUUGUAUUACCUUAUGGGACAAGGCUUGCUUCCCUCGGCUUCCAACAGACACCUGCUCUACAACAAAUUCAACAACUUCGUGGGCUAGUUCCCACAACGGGGGGGUUACUUCAAAAUGCUGCAGCGUUAAGACUGCCAUACGCUCUACAGCUCGCCAGACUAUUACCAGCCUUAAACCUGUAUCGCAACCGUUUGCAACUACCCGUUAAUGGAGGAGGUGAGAUGGCGACGGAUGUUCACGUAUAUAAGUCUCCCAACAGAUUAAAAUACGAUUCUAUUCCAAUCAAACCGCAAAUUGCACAACAAGAGAUGGUAGGGAAUGGGCUUAAUCUCCCAGCCCUGCUCCAGUUAAACAAUGCUGCAGAUCAAGGAAUAAGUGAGCUAUCGGACGAGAGUGAAGCCGAUUUGGACGAGAUAGGUGAGUCUAUUUUCCACCACUGUACAACAGUUAAUACGUAGAUUUAGCCAAGCCUAAAAGCAGAGCUCUCUUUACAUUCUAAGUCAUUCACUAAAAUCAAUAUACUUUAAAACAGUAUGACUUAGUCAAUCACUAAGCGUGCCUACCCUUCCAGUCCACACUGAGUCAUUGCAUUGCCAAUUUUAACUGUACAAUAUUUAACAAUUUAUUUCUCAAGGGACCUGAUAGGAGUCCUUGAGAAAAGAAGUGAAAAAAAAAUAUUCCCCUUGUGUAGUCAUAUUUGUGUGUUCCACCGUAAAGUGAUACUUAACAGAAGAUGACAAAAAUAGUUCGUCAUAUUUGAGUUCCACGAGCAGUUCGUGGAUAACAUUUUGCGUACCUUUAACCAUGUUUUUAAGCGCAAAAAAAGUGACCAAGUCCAGAAGCGCUGAUUUGAUUGUCUUGAACCCUUAAAAUGUAAAGGGAAGUUAGAAUCUUGGUAAACCACGCCGUUCAGAUUAAGCCUGGUUUUCUUAGAUAUUGCAACAUCCCUUUAGUAAAGAAAUGUUGCUGAAACUGAAAUAAAAAUUCAGCAAAGAGGUAGAAGGAGAAACUGUUUAUCAUUAUUUCGCCGUGAAAAUUUAAAGAGAAAAAAAGGCAAAUGCCAUUACCUCAGUUUUGUUUACGACGCUGAAAAUAGUUCCCUCACCAACAUUUUCAGUAUUCUACUAAAAUAUUUUUUGAGGUCUAUGAUUCUGUUAUUUUUCUAGUAAGAUGGUCAAGAAUAAAAAUGUUAAUGAUUAUUAUAACUAUAGCUUUAAGUUUCAAAAUAUAUAAAAAGGGGAUAACAUUACAAAAUCAAAAACGUCUGUAAUUUUGCAUAGUACAGUCAUUUUGUUAAAUGACCGGAAAACCGACUUUCAGUAAAUAAAUCCUUUUAGUUCUGGUUUAAAACUUCAAUUUCAACACCAAAAGUCUUCAGAACGUUUUCCUUUGUGGCAUUUCCUUAUAGAUUAUGACUUUAAAAACAUUAGCAUUUCCGAAAAAAGUCUAAAAGUUUCGUACAUGUUUGUUGUUGAGUCAGUAAUGUGGGCCGAUUUUAAACACGUAAUUUUGACAGCGAGAAUACAGCACCUGUAGAUCAAGCCCGCCUUUCGUUUAGGGUGACUGCUUUUAAUCAUUUACUUGAUCUCCGAGAACAAAAGAAAAAAAAACAUUUUGAAGGAUUACACAAGCGAGAAAAAGAGGACGAUUUUUUGAAGAAACUCCUUGUACUGAGUGGAUGUGAAGCCACGAACGAACAAAGGCCUGAGUGUAUAUGUAGCUACAGUAUAGUGUCACGGUUUAAGCACUAUAAAAGAUGAUUACUGCAUAUAAUAAAUUUUAUGAAGGAAAAGCAGUUUACUAGCACUGCAGGUUUCGUUUACGCUGUUCAAAUAAUGAUUCAGUGAAGUAAACAGUUCUGUAACAGAUAUGUCAGAGGGACAACCCAGUCACACUGUCCGAUUACUCUUGGUUUCAAGGCGGAAAGAUGGAUCACUAAGAAUCUAUCAUUACAAAGUUUGCUUUACAUCCUAUUGCCAGAUAAAACUCUCCUGUUGUUUAUUGCUGAUCACGAGGUGUUCUUUGCCUAAGCCGGAAUAAAAACGCCUUUAAGCAACCAUAUUUUCCGUCCAUAACACGUGACAGUGAUUAAACUGAUAAACUUGAAGUUGACAGCGCGCUCAUUUUACCCCCUCACCCCCCCCUCUCUCCAUCAAUGCUCUCUUUUAAAGGUAUUUAAAGCUACGCAAAAGAGAGAAGUUGAAGUAAGAAUGUGAUGUCACUGGGUAUCAAACUUUUGACCUCGCACACCGAAAGCUACGCGCUAGCAACUGUGCCAUUCUUGUUCCUAAGGAUUGCGCAUUAGCUAUAUGGCUUGAUUAUAACACGUAAAUCAUACCUUACCAGCCGCGUCGGUGCCGGCCUUUGGCGUCGGUGUCUCGGUGCAACCUCAAGGAAAAAUACGUCGUCAUUUGUUUCACGUUGCCGAAGGGAUCUCAACUCUUUCCAUUGGCUGUAAUUGAACAAAAUAAAAGUGGUUAAACAUGAAUAACAAACCUUUUCACAAGUUCUUUAUCAUCAAGAAGCUACUGAAACAAAAGACACUAACGAAUAGCUAGUGACCAUGACAAAGUGGCUAACCAGUUUAAAUAAAUAGUAUUCUAUGCCAAAUCGCGCAUUCUGAUAGGCUCUUUUACUCGCUGUCAAAAACAUUACUGAUAUACGGGUUGGACGGAGCAACUGCGACUUCAAGCUAAUUAAAGCAUACUGUCCAUCAGGCUUAUACAGCCAACUCCCUCUAAGACGGACACCUUUGGGACCGGCACUAGCGGUCCGUCUUAGAGAGAUGUCCGUCUUAGAGAAAGUCAAAUAGAGGGAGCAAAGAAAGGCAGGGACCAACCCUAGGUGUCCGUUUUACAGAGGUGUCCGUCUUAUAGAGAGUCAAAUAAAGGGAGUAAAGAAAGGCAGGGACCAACUCUAGAUGUCCGUUUAACAGAGGUGUCCGUCUUAUAGAGGUGUCCGUUAAGAGAGAGUCGACUGAAUUUGCCAAAUAUAACAAAUACAAUGUUAUGAACAUUUCACGACCUCUAAACAUGAAAUCCAGAAAACAGAUAGGAGGCACUGUUCAUCAGAUAAUUUAGUUCAUCAAAGAACAGGGAUGGGGCCUGAACCUACCAUCCAUAUACGGAACAUUAUGAUGGUCAAGUGAUUUAAAAUAAUAAAGUGACGGAUAGUUGAAUCAAAAAUAUAAUUUUGCUGGGAGUUUAGUUGAUUGCUAUCGGCAUAGAUGGUACCUGCCGAGAGAAACCAUUUGUUCAUCAUUUCAAGUUGGGGGGUAAAUACCAGUAGUUUUCGCAAUACCAGGAAAAAACAGAUUACGAAUAACUGGAAGUAAAAGGUGCUAAUUACUUCCUAAAUACUCUGAUGAAACGCUUACACUGGUCUCUGUCUCGUCUUUUUCUCGCUAUAGAACUCUAUAAAACCCAGGUGCAGUGUAUUAACCUUAGUAUCAAAUUCCUAACACCUGGUAAAUUAACAUCCACAGUGCAUAACUCAGUCUCAGCGAUUCAAUGGUUCUGUUACAAAGCGCGUUUACUGACUCGUUUAAAAAGCAGAUUCCUAUCGGUUUUUCAACUAGUUUAUCAUUUCUCUUUGGAAACACGCACUUGAAAAAGAAGUAGCCAAGUGCUGAGGUAUGCAGAUUUUGAACAAAGUGGUCUGAUUUAGACUAGGGAAAGCGAAUUAUCCGUCCGUCACUCCACAUGUCUUGUAUAUAACCUUAACACAGAUGAUCACGGAUGAUGAGGUCAAGUGUACAAAGAUGCAGAGUUAAUAAGUGAAGUCUGAAUCAUGAGCGUUCUCGAAUUCAGAUCUCAAAGUGGAAAACUUCCUAUCUUGGAUAGUUUAACGAACGAGCCAAAGAUGGCGCUCACCUCUUUCUGUCGAAGAUUUUUUCGAUUUAGGCCUUUUCUUUACUAACGCUAAGUAUUUUCACCUCGUUUUUUCUCUUUUUCCUACUUACUCUCACGCAAAUAAAAACACAUUUAGCCUCGUUUUCAAAGUGAGAACUUUUGGAAUUUGAAAUAGCCUAUCGCCAAAAUUCUCUAACUUGUCCAACAGAGGUAUGCGUUAGCGAAAUAAAGCGUUUUUCGAGGCUACAUUUAAUACGUUGAUAUUCCUUUAAAUUCAAUUUUAGGUGGCGUUUGCGUACCUAACCCUUGUCAUAACAGAGGAUCUUGCGUUAACCUGGGAGAGACUUUUGAAUGUAUUUGUAAAAAAGGUUACACUGGAAAGAAAUGCAAAGGUUAGUAACCAUAAUCACUUGACAUCUUUUCUGCUUGAUAGUGUCCAAUUCACAAGGAGGUCAUAAAACAAUAACUAUGCGGAAAUUUCAUAAUCAAAUCCAAUCUACCAUUCAUUGAACGACUUUAUUAAACCCCUUUAAUUUUUAAACCAAAGCCAAAAGUAACAAGGCUAUCUUUUUUUAAUUUUCUAAGAGUUUAUCGUCUAAGAAUAUAGUUUGUUCAUCAUGCAUCGCGUAGAAUCUGGCAUUCUUCUUAGUUUUGAGAGUUCCAAAAAGUUAAUGCUCUAAAAGAAAAAAUACAUUUGAGCAUAAUAUUGGAGUAGACCGACAGAUAUUUGAAACCAAUUGACAACCUAGCUAGAUUAUCCUUUCACACUAGCAGUAUCUAUUUUUUGCAAUUUCAUUAGUAGAUCUCUCCUUUACGUAUUAAAACUCAUUUACGCUUUGAAAAUUAUGGAGGCAAUAACGAUACCAAAACAAAAAGGCAAAAAAAAAAAAACUCCAGCCAAAAUAAUAAUUUUGAAAAAAAAAAAAUUAAAAACCUGAAAUAAUUUUGAGCGACGUCUGAUCUAUCAUUAUCAUUCCUGUUUUUUUUUAGCGCUUUGACUACAAGACAGCCAUCAGUCGUUAUUCUCUCCAAUAAAUAAGAAUUAUCAUGUUUCCUUUUAAUCUACAAAAUCCAAUUUGCGCCUUGUAAGUCAUCCCUUCUGAAAUCCGUUGUACUGUAGUUGGAUGCGACUUUACAAAUUUAUAGUAAUGUUUUUGCAAUGAUUUUAUGAUAGAGGGUCCUUCACGCAAUUUUGUUUCAAUUAGGAAACUAUUAGUGGAUUCGGCUUUUUUACGUGUUUUCUUGGCAGCUAAAAAAGAAAAUGAAAUUUGUUGGGAAAAAAAAAGUUCACAAGUUUUUUUAUUCCAAGGACGAAAAGGUCGACUGGGAAUUGGAUAGAAAGUCGAGAAAAAUAGUUAGACGGUCUCCCGGCCUAUCAUCGCCACUUCAUGAAUAGGAUACCUGUUUGAGACUUCCCUUGGCGGGAUUCAGUUUUAUAAAAAGCGGGUUACUGAACCAUCGUUCCUUGUUCAUGAUGUAAUCAGAGAAAAUCAGUGGGCAAGCAUGUGGGAUGGCCAAAGCUUAGCAAUCCGUAUCCGCAAACUUUACCAAGCUUAUCGAACAACUGCAUGGUUCAUGGGUCUUUCCUGUUGUGUUGACUGAGAACUUAUGUAGCGAAUUCAAUGUUUUCGGUCAGGGGCGUUCUUUUGCUUACCAACGUAUUGUUUGUAGCCGCUGAAGUAUCUUUAAUGUUUUCUUCUUCUAAUGAUGGUCAUUCAGAGCGAAACCCGUGCUUGCCCAACCCAUGCAACAACGACGGACAAUGCACAGUCUCUGGAUCAAGCUAUGAUUGCUCUUGCACCGCUGGUUGGAAAGGUGUACGAUGUGAAGGUAGGCGCUAACCGAUAAAAUGUCUAUAAAAUGUCGAUUUUUUAAAUUACAAAAAACAACUUAGUCUUAGUCCGGAUCGCAGAAAUAACGGCCUAAUUCUCACUACGUACGCUGAACUGACGACCACGAAAUGUGAUCCGGGUCAUUGUUUAAAGAAUGCAGCGGUCGUUGUGCUACAUGAUAAAGUUUGGGAACAAAGGUUUUUUUUAUGCGUUUUUUUUUUUUUAAUGUAUUUUCUCGCAUGCAAGAUUAAGGUUAUCUUGGUGGUUUACGGUCUUUAGGGUCAUGAGUUCUAAGUUGAAACAAGGUAACCACAUUAACCGAAAGCCAGAAAAAAUGAUGGGUCAACGACCCCUACGAAAUGUUUGGGAAAAAUUUUAUUACCAUAAAAUGUGUUCUUCUGGCACUAGAUAUGAAAACCGCUUGUAACUUUUGUUCCUAGGGGAACCCGACUUAGUGAAACGGGUUAAUUUCUUAAACAGUCAAUAUUUAAUUGACUGAAACUUUCUCAAACGGAAAAUAUUUUAACGCUUAUAAAGCUCAAACGUCUCCCAACAAUGAAUCAUAAUUUGAAUUUAAACUUUGGAAUGUCAAAAUAUUUGCACUGCAUAUAGUGUUUAUUGAAGCUUUUCUCUAGUUAAAUUAAUGGAGUAUAUUGAUACUGUAAUUAUCGGCCUAGAUAAAGUCUUUUUCUUUCUGCGCUAUUUUCAGCCGUGGUCGCUAAGAAGUAUGUCUUAAGCACUGAUCCAAAUGCCAAUCACUAGAAAAUUCAUCCAUGCAGAGAAUGGAAACAAACUGAGCACCGACCUUUGAUUCGGUUUCAAAUCGGAACCAAAAAUGCCUCGUUGUAACUUGCGAUCAAGUUCUUGGGUAAAAAGCGAAAGCGAAAAACGUGAUCACUAACCUAUCAGAUAUUUAUUUUGGAGCAGGAAAAAAAUUCAUGCAGGCCAUAAGAUUUAAUAGGGCCCCAACUGAAUCACAGACUUGAUGUGUACGAACUUUGAGCCUAAUAUCACUAAACAUUCUCUAAACGAUUUUUACACUCAGAGCCAAACAAAUGUCACCCCAAUCCUUGCAAAAACGGAGGCCUGUGUACAGAAUUGGAGUUUGAUUAUGAAUGCACAUGUCCACAUGGAUUUCGAGGCAAAAGUUGUGAAGGUGAGUCCGGUUCAUUCUCAUUUUUAAACACGCUUUGGUAGCCGCAUUCUAGAAUUAUCGUUGUUUUCAUCAAGUUUGCUGCACUUUGCAGUCAAUAUAACUAACUAAAGUAAGUUGAGUUUGAUCGUCCGGGUGAACGUAGUCCUGAAUAGGACUGUUGUUGUUGACAGUGACUGACGUUUCGACAACCUGUGCGGUAGUCAUCUUCAGAGUCAAAGUGAGUUGUAUCACGUCAGUUCAUGGUAUUAUACUCUGGUUAUUGAUCUGGUUUUUGAUCUGAUGGUAUUAUACUCUGGUUACUGAUCAGAUCAAUAACCAGAGUAUAAUACCAUCACCUGACGUGAUAAAACUCAGUUUGACUCUGACGAUGACUACGAAAAAGGUUGUCGAAAGGUCAGUCACUGUCAACAACAACAGGACUAUUCAGGACUACGUUCACCCGGACGAUCAAACUCAACCUACUUUUGAUAUGACUCCUGGGUUCAAACCUUUCACAGUAUAACUAAGGCUUUGUUCACUUUCUACUAGAUAGCUUUUGCGCCGGCAUGAAAACUACACCGAAGAGGGCUUCUGUACACAAAUAAAAACGUUGAUUUCCGUCGGCGCGAUUUUUGUAACGGAGCGAAGCGGCACUGGAGAGUCACAAAUCGGAUAAGUGUUCAUAAUAAUAUACCGCAUAGAUUUUCGUGUUGGCAUGAAAAGCUCUUUGGUAUAACGUGAACAUAGGCUAAUAGGUACCGAGUAUAAUAAACGGAAGUGAAUGCAGUGCGGUACGUUACAUUAAAUGAGUAUUUCAGAAACAGAUUACGUCUUGCUGCGGAUUAUUUCAUUCCGCAUGCUUGUAUUAAUAAAUAAAAUAAAUAAUGAUUUGGAGGUAGCACAUCUACAAAGUGUUUCUUCGUCUACCUGAUUCCUGGUCGAAUUGGAAUUUGAAAAUGUUGGUUUUUGAGGAGAUGGGAAAACCGGAGUACCCGGAGAAAAACCUCUCGGAGCAAAGGAGAGAACCAACAACAAACUACGGUCUUGGAUUCUGGAUUCCAUCACGUGGAUUCCGGAUUACUUGCCAGUGGAACUUGGAUUCCGGAUUCCUUGAGCUGAAUUCCGGAUUCCAAAGUCCAAGAGUCCAAAUUCCAGAAGCAAAAACUUCCCGGAUUCCAGAAUUUGGAUUACCUUACAUGUCAGUUAUUUAAUACAUCCCUGCUUUGUUGAUAACGGCAAGAUUUGCUGGUUUACGGUCAAGUCGCACGAAAGCAGAGUUAUGUCGCCCGAAAUUAUUAGUCAAGUCGCCCGAAAUGCUGAGUUAUGUGGCUCGAAAUUUUAUCAUGCUCAGCAAUAUCCUAGCAUCCCUAUUACCAUUUGCCGCGCUUGUUUCGCCUGAUCAAAGAUUAUAGAACGACAUAAUUAUAUUACUCAUUUAUCGCACUUGUUUUGUUGUUAAUCAAGGUUUAAAGAGCGAGAUAUAUUACCUUAUUAUAGGAAAUUAACGCUCCAUCAAAUUAAGGUAUUGGAAAUUAAUGCGACUUAAAUUAACGCGAAUUUAAUAGAAAACGACUUUCGAAUAAAGAAAAUUAACGCGAAAGAGGAGGUACAAUUUCAUAAUAAUGGAAAUUAACGCGAUUAAGACACGGUUGGUGGCCGAAAUCAAAGGAGAAGAUAUUGACAUCACUUUUAACAGCGACAACGAUGAAGAUGAACUCGAAAUAUUGUAACCCUUCCCCUUAGCUUUAGUGAAAGAUGAAAAAUAAACGGUAAAUGGAAAGAAAGAAAGCUUGUAGUUAGUUUCUUAGGUGUUAAGAAUGUCUGGACAGGUUCCAAAACCGGGGUUAAAAUACUGGAAAUUAAGAGCGCGGAAAUUAACGCUACACUUAGUUAACGUCGCGGAAAUUAACGCUCAACAAAAUUAACGCGACUUAAAUUAACGCGAAUUUUAACGAUUCGCGUUAAUUUCAUGGAGCGUUAAUUUCCUAUAAUAAGGUACACAUUUAUACCACUUGUUUCGUCACAUCAUAGCUUCAAGAACGAGGCAUGUUACACAUUCAUUCCGCUUGUUUCGUCUAUUAUUCUCUUCCUGGUAGUUUUUAAGACCCAUGUGUUAAAUUACUCACUAGGCCAACAUGUACUGUGGGUUUGACUCCUUCCCACUCUAUUCUCAUGUGGAAAAUUUUGGUUGAUAAUGCCAAAGCCAUUUUUUCCCUUUUGGUAGAGUGUGGAAGAGGGGGGAUUUCACACUCAUUUUUGAAAGCCUUUAAAAACGCAUUUGGCCCAAAAAGACAGCCUACACAAGACACUUACAGUGAAUUUGAAUAGUAUGUACACUGUUUAAACCUCAAGACCCCGAAAAAUCAUACCCUGUUCAGCUGCUUUUUCCACCUAACCCAAAUAAAGGAGUGGAGCAAACCAAGGAAUGAAGCAUUCAGUAUGCUAAUAAUGUAAUACUGUACUAUCUCUACUAAAUCUGAUGAUUUGAUUUUAUGCAGAAAAGCGAGAGGGAUGUUCCCCUAAUCCAUGUCUUAAUGAUGGUCGGUGCAUUGAAACAUCAUCCGGGAGUUUUGAUUGCAUAUGCAAACCAGGAUUCUCUGGAGCAAUAUGCUCAGGUAAUAUUUUUAACACCACUGAUUCGUGUUGUCCAUAUGAGUCCACUAAAGUUUGUAAGUGCAUGAGAUAAUCUAUGUAUGAUAAGGGUGCAAAGAGAGUCAGUUUUACAGCUUGCCAUUUGGACAAGCUGUAGCUAGCAUGUACAAGCCCAAUAGUCAUCUUAACUAGCCUAAAAAACAUUUGUUGAUGACCAGGAUUAAUUAGAGUUCUUCUAUAAUUUAAAUUCCCCCCAAAACUAUCACUUGUUCGCUGGGCAAUUAAGAAAGAGAAUUCAAUAACCCAAGCAAAAUCCACUAGCCCCAGGCUAUCAGACAUGCCUUUCUUUGCAUUCUGGUCAUUAAAAAAGGUUUCAGUCGUCACAUGGAUGAUCUAUUAUCAUUAAUCUAAACAGUCUCGAAAAAGAAUAAGUUCCUAAACAGAUCAUUAUCCUUGUGGAGAUAGCUUUAAAUGUGUAUAUUUGUAUGGGGUAUACAAAAAUUGACGGCCUGAAGUAGAGAUUUCUGUCAGCAGAUGUUAAAAGGUCUCAAUGAGAGGCAGUCGAGUCCCGAUACAACAAUCAAAUCUGAUAAUAGUCAGAUUUGAGUUUACAUAUUAUUCUUAGUAUAAAUCUGCUAGUAUCUCAAUUAUAUUAGAAGGGACCUCUGAUGUAGAUUUAGGUAUUAGAAGUGCUGUAAGGUCAAAACUUGACCAUGCUUAUAAAAUCACUUAUUUGAAAUGCACUCUUAACCUGAACACAAAUUCUUAAAACGAAGCAUCUUCGUUCAAUAGAAACUAAGAAAAUGAAGGCCAAAGUUGGUAUCUAUGAGGACUAUUUUGGAAAUGUUAAUAAUCACAGUGCCAAAAUCCGACAUGGUACUUUCCAUUGUUGACAGACAUGUUGCAAUUUUCACAAUCCGACACACAAUAUCACUUUAUGAGUUUCAAGUAAGCUAGAGCAGAUUAUAGCAAAAUUUGCUUACAUUCCUCUUCCCCAAAUAAGUAUGAUUGUUUUGAUCUUUCUUAAACAUUUCUAUGGCUGACAAAAAAACCCUCUAAAUUUCCGGCAAUAAGGGAACAUUUUGGAAUUUUGGUGACCACCUAAAGUUACAGGGUAUUGCAAAAAAAUUCCACCUCUAUAUGUCAAGGUAAAUUAAUUUAAAGGUAAAUUACCAAUCUAAGCAUAAUUCAGUUCCAAUUUAUUUUUUAUUCCUGGAAAGCCAGAAAUACGCAAUUCUUGAUCUUUUGAGCCUACGAUAUAAAUCGGAAGUCACACCCUAGCUGUGAAAAUUGGCACCUCAGAUAUCAAUUUUCUGAAAGCUCAGGUCUUGCUUCAUAGCUUUGUGUAAUUUUUGUUUUGGGAAAUUCUUCAUUAUUUGAGAAAUUAAGUUUUGAAAUGAAUGGGUUUAUAACAGAUCUCUUACCUUAAUAAUAAUUUGGUGGCAAAAACCAGCUUCUCUUCUUACUCUUCAUAACCUGAAUCAAGAGGGAAUAGUGAGACAUUGACCAGGAUAUGUGAAUUUCAAAUAAGUUAUUUUUAGAGGCUGUAAUGAAACGGGAGUCUCAUUCCUGAGACAUCGGCACAUUUAAGUCGCUUGAUUGAAAUGCCGUCAAGUCCACAUCCAACUGCCUCAGAGUAAACAACACAGAGUACUGUAAUGGCUACUAUUGAAUUCUCUCUUGACAACACUGAAUAAAAGUUUGCAGACCUCCCUGGUAAUCAACUUCAGAUAAAUUUCAAGCAUUUAAUUGGUCUAAAAAUAACUUUGGUGAAAUUCACGUAUCCUAGGGGUUGGACUGGGCAUUUCCCUCUUGCCUGAAUAUAGCAAUUAGUGUCCAUUUCACAACUGACACAACGCCGGUUACAAAUUGGUAUCAAACAGCCAUCCUAAUAAACAGUAAACCACUUUAGCUUGCAUGUUUCUUUGUUUUUGUUUUGUUUAUUUUUUUUUGCAACGACAUUAUUAAUACCCUCACAGCUAGCGGACUGUUUCUUCCAAAUUUUGUUUUAUUCGCGUGCAUUUCUACGCAUAAUUUAUGAGCUAAAGAGGUCUAUUUAAUGCAAACUGUAGUAAAAAAAAUCAUCAUAAAACUGGAGAAGUCAUGGAAAGACAUUUAUGUUCAAAUGAAUAGAAUUAAAUCAACGGCUGAAAGCAAUCCUUAAGAACGCUUUUAACUAAGAAACACCAAACAGUCCACUGACAAAGGACGACUGUUUGCCAGUAACAGGACAAUUCUACUAAUAGCACGCCCUUACCAAUUUUAGUGUCUCCGUCACCAAUUGACCUUUCAUGGAGCAACUUCUCAUCUUCCGUAAGGAUUUUUACCUGUAAAAAAGCGUCUUUAUGAAAAGGAACUUCCGUUUGUAAGACGCUUGAAAUUAGCCUCAAAUGCAGGCGUAUUUUUUGGGCGAGCGCGAGAGUUGCGUGUUCAGCGUGUUCCGUGGACGCCAUCUUUGAUCUUCUCAUUGAGGGAGAUUGGGGAGAGUAGAAAUUACAACUCUUCGGGUAGGCAUUGGGAAGAAAGAAGGAGGUGUGGGAGGGGGGGAGGCGAAAAUAUUUAACCCGCGGAAGUGUCUGCAGUGCAGGUUACGUUGAAUCCACAAUCCAUGAGCAAAACUAUAGGGUAUCAACGCUUGUUAUUAGCUUUUUUUUUUCAUUUAGAAUGAAUUUUGUUUUAAAAACACAAAUGCGUCAGUAAACAGUAUUGGACAAAUGCAAUACCCCGGGGGAAAAGCCCUGGGAACAAGGUUGAAGGGUACGGUACGUUUUUUGAAGCCGUUCAAAACUCGCGGCACGUGUUUUAUCAUAAAGCACUUAAUGGCUGUUUGUGUACGUGUGAAACGUAACACAGAGUGUUAAAAAAUGAACAAUGAAUUAAUAAAGUUUGUUUCUGUAUCUUUCUCGCCACCAAAUAAAAAUAACCACAAAAUACCAGGUAGUUCCUUGUCGGGCUAGCAGCCCACCGAGGGGAUAGCUACAGUUAUUUGCGACGAGGGGAGAGUUAGAACUAACGUUUUUACACGUACAUUUAUGUCUUCUUUAGUGAUGCAGAACAAGUGCUUGCAAAACCCCUGUCAAAAUGGCGGAACGUGUACCGAAUCAUCGGCCGGGGGAGGAUUUGAGUGUAGAUGUUCAAUAGGAUACAAAGGAAUGAACUGCGAAGGUGAGACAAAUAUUUGUUCGAAAUAAAGGCAAGGUUGAUGGCCCUAGGUAUACCCCGGGGAUCGCCAAUAUUUUAACUCACACGGUGGUCAAUUCAUCCGCCACCCCUGGUCAAAUAAAGUUAUAGACCAUUCGCACUCCCGGUAAAUGAGCCUCUUCCAGGUAUUCAGAAUGGCGAAACUGACUGGUGACGUAGACAAAUUUUAAUACAGAAUACCAGUUGUAAUAGAAAGACUCAGGUCAUCUCAGGGGCGGGGGGUGCGUACCCCUGCACCCUCCCCCUAGAUCCACCCCUGAAAUAUUGGAGUGCAGCGCGAAGUCAGAGACCAGGAAAAAAGUAAGGAGGGUGAUGAGAGGAAGAGAGGAAGAAGGAGACAGGAGGAAAUCUUCACUCUCAACCCGCUCGCUGUUUUUUCUGCUCACAUCUUUAUGCACCAUCACAAGAAUCUGAACGCCUGAAUCGGUCACGCUGGAACUGCGGGUCAAACCUGUGUACAACGGUCAUCCUUGGGAAAUGGCAAGGUGACCGUUAUAUACAGGGUGACCGAUAUAUACAGAUCAACUUUGAAGAAAAUAUAUGGCAACUAAAAAUGUUGGGAAGUUGUCCGGUGACCGCUAUGUCAGGUAGGGUCGUUAUAUACAGGUUUGACAGUAAAUGAAAAUAAUCAUUUUCAGUGCCUAAAACCACACACAAAGUAAUAAACCGACUUAGUGAGCCUGUCCCCUUUUUCGGAGAAUAUAACUAUUUUGGUUGGUUGUUGCUCAUCUCAAGAUUUCCUCAACAGAGAGAAGCCCUUGCCAAACGGAUACCUGUCAAAAUGGAGGAACUUGUUUUGAAACAGAAAGUGGUUUCAAGUGUCUCUGUCAAGUGGGGUAUGGAGGAAAGACAUGUUCAGGUAACAUUCAAUUUCGCGCUUUAUUUGACGCAGUAUAUUAAUAAUAAGCUGGAACGAAAAAAUAACUCACCUUCCCUACUGGUUAUACCGUCUCUGAAUCUUAUCUUGACAGAUACGAAACAAACGAAUUCUGUUUCACUUCGAAUACCACUAUUCUGGUGUUGCGGCAGGGGUGAAGUUUACAGCCAAAAUCGUCUACAUUUUUUAAAUAAAUAAGCUCAGUCAGGACCAAGCUUCUAGCGUUUAACUAAGAAUAAUUCGAAGAAGAUGAUAAACGAGUCGCGUGCUUCUCUAACUUCUCUUGGUAUACCAGGAAGUAACUGUCGAUAUGCUCAAGUUGAGGAUACGGCAAUCUCGAAGCCGCGGUCAUAUCCCUCUUCCAACCCAACGUUAAUUGUUAAUUCUUCUUAAAACAAAAUUUCGGUUUAGGGGGGAGGUUUGAGUAGACAAUGAUGCCCUUUUUUCAACGAUUUCAGUUCGUCACAGCUGCCAACCGAACGUUUGUAAGAAUGGCGCGAAGUGCAUUGAGCAUGACAGUGGAUUUAAGUGCAUCUGUCCACCGGGGUACAAAGGAUCUUACUGUGAUGGUAAGGAAUAAGUAUCAUGUAUGUUGUCCCUCACUACAAUUAAUCACACUCCCAGGUUCAUAAUGAUGAAUCAAUCUAACUUGCAUAAAAUGUGUAGACAGACCUUUUUUUCUCUCAGAUUAAAAAUAGGAUUUAAGACAAUGUUCUUCAGAUUAGGCUUUAUAAGUAGUGUCAGCAAAGCAAACAAACUUGACCAGAACACUCCAUCUGCUUAAAAGUUUUCGUGGUUUAUUGUUUCACCUUCAGAAGUUGACCAUUGUCGGCCUAAUCCAUGCCAACACGGAGGAGAUUGUGUGGAGACUGAAAAUGGAUACAAGUGUCACUGCCAGGCACAGUAUCAAGGAACACGUUGUGAAGGUAGCUGGGUACUUUAUGUCUUUAAACGAUGCUGCAUUAAUUCACAUUUGGCGGUCUGCUACGCCUUUGAAACUCCUUAAGGGGCUUAAUUCUAAUCUUGAUUCUAAUGGUCCCAAACAUAGCCUUAUUUAAUUUGGUUUUGAGCAAUCGCGCGCUAAACGUUUAUCCUUCUAAAACGUCCUUUCCAGAUUUGAACAUGUGCAUUCCAAACCCGUGUAAAAACGGAGGACAGUGCUUGGGAUAUGCGGGUGGCUACAAGUGUCUUUGCCCUGCUGGAUAUAAAGGAAACAACUGUGAUGGUAAGUUCCUGUAUUACCCUUCAUAUGGUUUAUGGAGGCUUCUUUGUUUAUUGAGAGAAUAUAAGCAUUUUUUUAUCAUUUUUGAAAUAUAUUCACCAGGGGGAACAGGAUAAUAAGAGUUUAUUGGGGUUCAGUUGAACUUGUCAUUCAUUAAUUUCUCUAAACCUUUAGGCUUUGAACUAUUAUCAAAAUAUUGAAAAAUAGGUUAUCGACCAAAAAACGUAACGUAACGUAAGAACCAACAGGUGGUGAUACUGUGUUAGAAUACAGGUAGUCAGGUACCCGUUUCUCGACCUCUCUUUUUUCGAUUACUUUAGAGACAAAACAUAGAUUAACUUCUCAGCACCAAUUCCCGAAUCAAUCGAAUAUCGCAACACUGAAAUGUUUCCAUAAAAAUAUAAAAAUAACAGGAGCAUAUUUCAAAUGAGGUUUUUUGAGGAGGUCAUUUAAUAAAACAUGCAAAAGACCACCCUUAGCAGAGACGCAAACGCUGCCUUGAAAAGAAAAAAAAAAAGUCUCUUAGAUCCUUUAUAAUUAAGGUAGUUCAGCUUGAAUAGACACAAUUAAAGACAUCAGCCUGAUUAGCGGUGCUGAAAAGUUUUAGUUAAAUUUUACCUCUCUCAGUAGGACUGAAUCUGCAGCGUUUCUUUUUUUCGGUGCGCUUCUUGUUUGUGUUUAGUAAAACAAGAGACACAGCCACACGAAAGCUAAACCGAGGUCAAACGAAUCGAAAAAAGGAAGGCGGGCAGAGGAAAAGACGACAGACAGAAAAACUUGUUCUCUCUGCCUUCUUUCGCUAGCCCCCUCCUUUAUCGUUUUCUCUUUUGACCUCUUACUUUAAGAGACAAGAACAAAAAACGCACCAUAAAAACCCCGUCUGCUACAUGGCUAUAAUUAAGAGAUCUUGAUUUCACUUCAAUUAACUAAGGAUUUUGGUUACUCUGAAGUAAUGAAGCAAAUAGGACUGGUUCACACUAAGAAAAUCCAUCGUUGUUUUUAGAUAAGAACCCGUGUGACCCUAAUCCUUGUCACAAUGGAGCACCCUGUCUUCAAGUCGGUGACAACUUCAAAUGUUCUUGUAGAAGAGGAUACACAGGAGAUCAAUGCAAAAGUAAGAUAAAAAUUAAUAGUUCGUUGUUGAGUAACUUACAUUGCUAAUUAUUAGGUAUUUUUUUUACAGUUAAUACACUCCUUUAGUGGACUAAACAAUUACACGGAUAUUACAACAGUUAGCCUGAAAUUCCUCAUGAAGAUCUGCGCAAGCAAACUCACACACCUCAUGAGGAACUCUGUCCUUUCAUUUUCAAACUUCUAAUGGCAUAAAAUAGAUCUGUGCAAGUCUUCCAUGGACAUUCUGAGGCAAGGUUAUCCAGGGCCGCUUGGCGCUCAGCCAGGAUUAAUUACCAUGGCAACACAUAUGCAUAAUCCAGACCCAGUUGCUUUUAGUCAACUUUACACCAGGAUUAGCCAUGUUCAAAUUAAUAAUUUCUCUCUAGAAAUAUGUAAAAGAAAACCUGUUCAGCCUCACUAAAGACAGUUACGUUAAAUGAAAAUAACAGUUUAAACAGUCUAAAAGAAAGGCCCGGCGGUGCGUUACACAUUCCGGUAAAGCCUGUAUUCGAGCAACUUAGUCCAGAUUCAUGAAACAAGUUUUUAUUUUCAGUGGUUGACAGCUGUUUAUCAAACCCAUGUCAACACGGCGGAACCUGUAGAGCAGAAGAAGGAGGAUUUGUUUGCUCUUGCCCAGCUAAGUACAGGGGAAUUAUCUGCAACGGUAAAUAUACAAAUUUCAUUGUAUGAGAUUACCCAUAAGAUAGCAAUAUGAAAUUUUGCAGGUUUUACUUUAUUUCCUUAUAAAGAAGACACAAUUCAAAAGAGGAGAUUAUCAUACCUCUUUUCUCGUUUAAUAUAGGAAUUCUCUACUGCCUUUGGCUAACACUCGAGGGCCAAGAGCCUUUCCAAUCCAUUCACAGUUUGUGUUUGUUACGGCCUUCAGUCACUCCUUUCCUUUAGAAAGACUUUCUUGAAUAAUUCUAGCUCUAUAUUGCUGAUAGAAAUUCUCUUUAUUCUACUAAGGCUUAGUAAUAUUAUAAUGAUUUAUUGUUUUCUUCUGGCUUUCUGAUCUUCCUUUUUCUCUUGCCUCGCUUCAGAGAGAGAGCCCUGUCAUCCAAACCCAUGCCGAAACGGAGGGAAAUGUCUUUCAACUUCCGAAGGAUUUGUUUGCAGAUGUGCCACAGGUUAUCGCGGAGAGACGUGCACAGGUUUGCCACUUCUCAUUCAGUUCUUAUAAAGGGGCUAUUGAAAUAUUUUUAACGUCCCUUUUUGUCUCUAUCUUACUGGGACUUAGAUGUACUUAAAAACAAUGUAGACAGUGGAGUUUUCAUUCUGGUGUACAUGCUCUAACGGACAUUGCUUAAUCAUUGCUAGCUACAAACCUAGGCCGGCGAUACGAAGUAAAAUGAAAAGCAAAAGUGAAAGUUAAAAAGGUGUAUCGAUUGUCUGACUUUACAAGAAUUAGAAUCCAGCUGUUAUUAAAAUGAAGAUGACAGAGAUUUCCAAGGAGAAGAAAAGAUUGUCUUUUAGAAUAAACAAAAGGAAUACAAUGUCUUUGACGUGUUAUUACGUCACUGAUGCCCCCGGAUGUAAUGUACAUGUCCGUUAAGGCCUGCGUGCUCAGAGUUGGAUCUAUUGUGAAUAUAUACAGCCUGUGUACAGACGAAGGGGCUUCUGUAUACAGGCUAUGCCUAAAGUAAGAUUAGUAGAACCUUUAUCUUAAUUGUCGCGUUUUUCUGAUAUAAGUACAGUUAUUGAUGCAUGUGUACAUUAGUAACAUGGCUAUGCACAGCUGAAAUUUGACUAACUGUCGUAAGGACAAAAAUUAAACAAAAAAUCAAUAUCUCCUGAUUAAUUUUGUACAAUGACAUUAAAACUCUAGUUUCUACUCUUUUGCGAACAGAGGAAGAUGAAUGUGAACCAAACCCUUGUCAGAACGGAGGUCGUUGUGUGGCUCAUUACUUUGGUGGAGGAUUUGAUUGUGAAUGUCCAUUGGGAUUCAGAGGAACCACCUGUCUGGGUAGGUGUUCUAAAAAAAUAACUCUUUCAUUCCCAAUCGCAAAAAUGGCCAUAGUCAACAUUUAACAAAAUUUCCAAAUCUUAUUUUGUAAAAUGCUGAAAAACAAACAGAACCAUGUGAAAGUACUACCAUAAAGGUUUCAUUUAAAUGGUCUCACAAUAGUUUUCAUCCACAGACUCAAAAGUUAGAACCACCAAUUCAGGAUUGAGUUCUGUAAAGAAAUAUGUCUAAGGCUAAACAAGAGCUCACAUUACAAGCUUGUUUAUUUGUACCAAACCGAAGAAGUUUAAUUUUUUUUUCCAGACAAAGACCCUUGCAGGCCUAAUCCAUGCGGCCAUGGAGGAUUCUGUUCGGAAAUUGGUGGAGGCUUCGCUUGCAAUUGCACACUGGGAUUCAAAGGAGCGACAUGUCUAGGUAAUAAACACAAGUAAGACUAGGUGAUAGCUACUGAAUGGCCUAACUUACGUAGAGGCUCUGAGCGAAAGGGGUACCUUUUUCAGGCUUCAGGUAUAUGAAAGGGUAGGAAUUUCACUAGCUGAGGUAUACGAAGGGAAAUCUGUCAUUUCGGUCUGUAAAAUGCAUCAAAUGGCUAACAGACAGACAGGGCAUUUGCAGCAGUUAGAAGGGAUAUGAUGCUCAAAAUUAGGUUUGUAAAAGUGUUGCCUUAUAUAAUGUAUAAGAAAGGGUUACCUUUCAUGUAAAAGGGUAAGGGGUUGACCUUGGUGGCGGAGCUUCCUUGUACAAAACUUUGUUGAGUACUCCCUCGAGAUUUUUGUCACAGUCUUUAAAGUACAACCAUAGCCAGGCUAGAGAAACAGUAAUGAAGUCCGAUGGGCUAAUAUGAGGCGUGGGGCCUUGCCACAAAGUUCUACUUAACUCUUCUCUAUUGAAGUGAUUCUCAGUACUGAAACUUUUGCCUUAUGAAACUCAUCUUUACUUUCAGAGCUCGAUCAGUGUCAUCCAAACCCUUGUGCUCAUGGGGGUAGCUGCCGUGAAGUGGUUGGAGGGACUGGGUUUGCUUGUCAGUGCAUCACCGGCUACAGAGGAGCAAGAUGUGACGGUAAGUUAAAAGAAAGGGAGCCAAACGGAUUGCAAUACAAAGUGAGAAAAUACAGCUACAUUAAAAAGAAAUCUGGCCCGGUGCGCUAAACGAAGAAAUUACGUAAUUGGCUCACAUAGAAACGAUCAUAUAACGAGUAUACAAUGAAAGAAUCCCUUAUUUUUUACAGUGAAAGACCAAUGUCACCCUAACCCGUGCUUACAUGAUGGAAUGUGUAUGGAAGUUAACGACGAACUGGGCUUCCUAUGCAACUGCACAGCGGGAUACCGUGGAUCCCAUUGUCAAGGUACGUUAAGAGACAAUGGUAUCUACCAUACAUUUAUUAAUUGUGCUUUUUUUUGGUGAAGGCUCAGAGGUACUUGACUCAAACUUGAAAGGAAUGUGGUUAAGGGUUUGAUUAAACCUAGGCCUAAUUAUGAAAAAAAAAGUUUAUUGAUGUUUUUGGUGUUCUUUAUUAUAAUGUCAGGGCCUGAAAUGUUCCAGUCGACAAAACAAUCUACAAUAGGCGACAAAGUUUUUGAGACAUUGUCGUCAGAUGGGGUAACUUUAAAGAGCAAAACAAUCCAAUCCCUCUUCCCGCUCCGCUCGAUUCAAAGUUGAUGUGUUUAUUGUUUUUUACAGGUAGCUCGAGCAUUGCAUCGAUAGGGUGGGGGAGGGAAAGCUUUAUUUUUCUCUGUUUAAGUUAGCAACAUGUCCAAAAGGCCCAUUAGGGGAACGUUUCUUAACAAAUUUUUGUCGCCGAUUGUAGGCUGGUUAAGCGACAUGAUAUGGCAACAAUUCAAUAAGUUUUUUCGCAAUAUUUAUGUCUACCUGUAUAAAUAGAUAUGGAUCCAUGUCGCCCGAAUCCCUGUCUUAACUCCGGAGCUUGUGUACAUACUGAUGAUGGAUUUGUUUGUAAUUGUUCAAUGGGGUUUAAGGGAACGCACUGUCAAGGUCUGUACAUUUUUUCUGAUUACAGUAUCACGCAUAAAAUCAAUCGCUACGCAAACAUUUUGAAGAACGGCGAUUAUCUAAUCAACUUGUAAUUUAACUAGCACCAGCUAUUUAUUCAUACAAAGUAGCUUAUAGCUUACAUUUCUGACGGAAUUGGAUGUUGGCUCCAAAUUUGCAGAAAUUCGUGCUCCAUAACACUAAGUACAAGGAUUUUUAAUCCUCCAGCCCCCAGCUUUAAUAUAAAAAUUGAUUGUAAAUAUUUCUCCUAAAUUUACGUAAGUAUUUUAAAUAGCCUUUCUUUCUUUUUUUAUGGUUAAGUUAAAACAUAGAACUUUAACUGAUUUUCAGCAGCCAAUAGUUUGUCCCUUUGGAGACCGAGGAGUUACUGUUGACGAAAAUUAAUUCUAAAGCCAAUCUGCUCAGAAACAGCACCAUGUUUUCGGUUUUUGAAGGAGUGACGUUAUCUUAUCGUUAUAUAUACCGUCGGAUCUGACGAAUGUUUAAACUCAAAUAUCAAAUUUAACAAACUUGUAACUUUUUUUCGUAGAGCGUGAUCUUUGCAAACCUAACCCUUGUCAAUUUGGCAAUAAAUGCCAUCAAACUGGUAUUGAUAGCUAUCAGUGUGUGAAAAACCUUUGCAAUCCAAGUCCCUGUAUGCACAACGGACAAUGCAUUGAGAUUAAUGAUGAAGACUACAAGUGCGUAUGCCCAACAGGGUACAUGGGAAAGAACUGUAAUGGUAGGUGAUUUAAGACCCCCAUAACUAAAUGCAAGACCCUCGGAGCAGAGCCUUCGCUCCUGUCGGCCCCGCACUUUGAAACACUUUUCCUGUAGCCGGCUAUCAGGAGUAUCCGGAUCAGUCAGGGUUUUAAGCAGGCUCUGAAGACUUCCCUUUUAUCGUACGGCAUUUCCUUAAUGAAUCAUUAAUAAUAUUUUUGUUCACAGUAUUUAUUUUUCAGUUGAUUUCGUUGUCAUAAUUUCAUUUACUCUGGGUGUACUAUGUGUUACAUGCUGGUAUUUUUUUGCAUUUUUUGCAGCGCCUGAGAAUAUGUAUAUAAAAGUAGGUUGAGUUUGAUCGUUUGGGCGAGCUUAGUCUUGAGUAGGACUGUUGUUGUUGACAAUGACUGUCAACAACAACAACAGUCCUAUUCAGGACUACGUUCACCUGGACGAUCAAACUCAACCUACUUUUGAAAUGACUCCUAGGUUCAAACCUUUCACAAUAUGCAUAUAGUUUUAGCGCAAUAUUAAUAAAUAUCUGUAUCUCUAUCAACUAAGGGAAAAUCUGCAGUCCUGGUUAAAAUUACUAACAUGAAAGACUUCUUGAUCACGCAAGAUGCAAUAUUCAAUACAAAAAAAUUGCUCCUUCCCCGCUUUCUACUGUCGGUUUCAUAGUAUCUCGCAUAACUUGUUUAAAAAAAAUCAACAAUAAAGGAAAAGGGGCUACUUAAUCAAAGGGGCCAAUAGCUACAAUCAGGGACAAAGAAGUUGACCCACUUGUUUAAAACGAGCGAUUUUAUCCACAAUUUUCUUCACUUAUGUUUUGAUUCUGUUUAAACGCCGUAAGUUUACUCAUUCCCGAAUCAAUAUUGUUUGUAGUAAAAGAAAGACUUGAGGGUCUCAAAUACAACAUUGAUUUUGGGGGAGGGGUGGGCGUAAUCAGGAGGAGGGAAUCUCAACACGUUUAUUCCCCAUUUUCGCUUUGAACUUGUACAUGUUCCUUUAGUUCUUCACCUGAUGAACGCCCCAGUAUGAGAACUUACUUAACACGUAAUUAUCAUCAAACUAUCUAACAGUUGUAAUAAUCCGUCUGUUAUAAAGAACCUGACCUGUGUCAACCAAAUCCCUGUAAAAACGGAGGAACUUGUUCACGAACGACGAAUGGAGGGUAUAAAUGUCACUGCAUGCUUGGAUAUGACGGAACAAACUGUGAAGGUGAACAUAAACCAUACAUGACCUCUCUAAACUAAAGCUAAAGAUAUGCAACUAAGUCGCUAAUUGACUAAACAAGUGUGAACACUGCUCUCUCGUUCUAAUUGCAUAAUGAACAAAAGACAACGGAUUAGGACUUGAAAAUUCGAAGCAACAGUUGGAUGGUCUGGUGAAAAAGCUCAUGUAAUAUCCCUUUACAUGAAAACUGAAGAUAUGUUGGAUAGAGUCUUUUUCAAUAACAAACAAAUACUUCCUUUUAAUUCACUUAACUUCCCAACAGUGCUUGAGAGCCUCCACAUAUUUUUUCCUAACACAUAACUCAUUCAGUAUGAAACAAACUGUUCUGCUAGGCGUUCGAGAGCUGGUUUUGUUUUAAACGCGAAAAUUAAAGAGACUUUUUCUUCACUACUCAUUUGCUAAAAAAAGGCCUUUCUUGAAUUUUUUUUCCUUUAAAACAAGAAUUUGGAAGGCAAGCAAACGCCGAUGGUCGACAUAAUGUGCCCGAAGUUCACAGCACAAGCGCCCUACCAAACAACUUGAAAGCAGGCUCCAGUUCGACACAGUCCUCUUCAGAAGUAGCUCUGCAAGGUAAAUCCCUCAUGCAUAAAAUAUAACACAUAUAUUAGUGAAAGGUCAGCUCAGGAUUUAGCCAGUAAACAGGAUCGUAGGGGAGGUUAAAUACUAGCAGGAGCCUUCAGUAUCUCCAGCGAAAAUUUUUAUCCAAAGAGAAAAUAGAAUGUAACGUUUUCAAAUCUCUACCUAAAGUAUUUCAGUCUUAGAAGGCAUGCUUACACAUUCUUCGCCUCCCUCUAUUUAGCACUGAAAGUCUAGGAUAGUCUUUGCCCCGUAGACUAUAUCUUCGUUUAUUGUUGUGUUUUUUAGAUACAGGAGUGUGUCAUCCCAAUCCAUGUAGAAACGGUGGAUCAUGCUUCAAAAGUAGAUAUUCUUUUAACUGCAAAUGCACCAGAGGAUACAAAGGAAAACACUGCGAGCUAAGUGAGUUACUUCGGUUUGUCAACGUUAUAACUUUUUUUCCUACUUCGCUUUGCAAAAGACAUGUGCAAAAACGAAAACCAAACUAAAGAGCGUGGGCGAUCUGCACCUAUUUGAAAAAUUGUUUGUAAUUGGCUGGGAAAACAAUAGGCAUUGUGACAUAACAAUGCCCCUAUAAUCCCUGAAAACAAUGGAAGUGCAGAUUAAAGGGGACCAAUGAAACAGGAGGUUUAAAACGGUGCAGGUCAACCGAAAGAGGAUGACACUUGACAAUUCAAAGAACUGAUAAACCCGCUGUGGCUCUUAAAGGAUCCCCAACUAAUUGGAGGCACUUUCCAGAUCAAAGUGAAACCGAUUCUCAAGCGUGUGGUCGAUAUGUUCCCCAAACUGUGUUGGUCUCCUUGUCCUCACAUAUUAACAAAUUAUCGGUCACUGAUAAGGAUCGAAAGUAUUCUUUUUUUGUUUUUUUUUUAUCUAAUAAUUAUGAUUAUAAUUAUAGAAUGGGGUGUUAAAAAUAAUGAUGUUUUAUAAUACCACAAGUUCGUAUUUUGAACGAAUUUUUUAGCUCCUCGACGCAACGUGUCAAAAUAAAUGAUUGAUUGAUUGAUUGAUUGAUUGAUUGAUAAUAAGAUCUAGAGACAGUUAGACAAAAGUAACCUUACAACAAGAGUAUACUUACAAUAAGAAUAAACGAUGACUAAAACAAAAUAUGAAACAAAAUUGCUUCCGUAGCUGCUUACUAAAUAGUAUAGUGCCUAACGUAUCUCAAACGUAAUGACAUUCACCUAGAUGUAUAGAGAUAUUUUCUAAUAGAAGUUGGAACUGCAGGAUGAAGCCAUAAUUUUUUAUAUUCACAAUAAACGCUCAUCCCUAGAUAAAUAAAAAAGAAAAAUAUUAAGGUUGAUAUAAACAAGAUCCUUGAUUACGUUACGAUAAUCUGGCUGACGCCUUCAAGCGUCUUUAAAAUCCUAAGCUAAUCUUAAGUUACCUAAGGCAGAUACAAUGGCUGUGGGAGAGAGACAGUCUCACCCACUUGAUGAUGAAGUAAUUUUCAGUUUGGUAACACGACACAGUGUCUAGUUUCCGUUAGGACUGCCUUUUCUCUUGCCAAAAUCUUUGAGGCCGCAUUUCACUUUCUGCCAGAUAAUUCUGCUUAAAACGUCCAAAAACAUUGAUUGGAGAGACAAGAUGUCGAGAAAAACACCACUCUUUAGGUCGUGUUAUAGAAUCUCAGAGGAGAGGUUGUUACCCCACGUUGCCAUGGUAGCAAAAUUUCUGGAUCUCAACACACUGUGGUCUCGUAAAUAUGGCAGAAAAAACACGAAAAAAUUGACAGGUAUGACUUUCCUGUGCAUGGCUGAAGUCAGGAACAAAACAGCCUAUACUUUUCUUCCACCAUUGGCAAUGUAAAUGGCCAUCUUUAUCAAGAACAAUUGUCGAGAUCCAGAACUUCUGCUACCUUGGUAACGUGACGUCAAACUUCUCGCUAAAUAAGUUGAUCAAAUGUAAGGUUGCGUUAGUCGUAAACGAUAACUUAUUUCAUUCCUCACAUUAUGCACUUUUCUCUUGUACAUACUACGUGCACUGACAGUGAACGCCUGUAUUCCAAACCCAUGCAAUAACGGCGGCACGUGCCUUUUGGGAGAUGAAGGCAGCUUUGUGUGCCGCUGUCCCACAAAGUUUUCGGGGGCAACAUGUGAAGGCAAGUUUAACGCGAAUUAAAUCUCGUUAAGUGAACAAACUGUGAACAAGUAAAAAGUUUAGGAACCUCCCGGCAAAAAAACACUCAAGCUUGUGUCACGCAUUUGCACGACAUUAACUAAUACGCACUGGAUUCCAGUAGUAGAGUUUUGAAUGAUGUGCCCAUGUUACCUAAUGGUCAGCAGAAUUUCCAGGGCCCCGUUGCUCGAAAGGUGGAAAGCGCUAUCCAGGGGAUAAAUCCCUAUCAACUGGAUAGCGCAGUUUCCUAAUACUUAUCCGCUGGAUACUGAUUUAUCCUUUGGAUAGUGCUAUCCAACGUUGAGCAACCGGAGCUAGAAAGAUAACCGCGCGAGGAAAAUAUUAAAUUCAUUCUAUGACUAAGUAUGAAAGAUUUAAAAACACCCUACACUCUUCCCUGAGCCCGCAUCCUUAGUUUUAAGAGUACCAUCUAUUCCUAUGACUCUACUGUGGUUCAGAAAUGACUGACAGAACGAGACAGUUAUGGCCUUCAUUGAUUGAAAGGCAAAUAAAGGCACCAUGUGUCUGAAUGUAUCCUUGGUCUUUCAGAGGCAAACAAAGUACAAAGAUUGCGGCUUCGACCUAAGCCUCAUCGUAAGUUAAGAGAAUGUUUAGUUCAUUAUAAAAACAAAACAAUUGACUGAAGAAAUAUGCAAAAAUACGGAAAAGAUUUUUAUGGUCUUUCGGGAAUGAUACAUUUCUUCUACCAGGGGCUCAUAACUAACUGAACAUGCAGUACUAUUGCAUGCUAACUGAUUGAACAGGAUAAUGACAACAGGACAAAUCUUUGAUAUUUUCAUCGCGUUUGAAAGAUGAAAACAGCAUGAUUAUUUGAUGUUGAUGAUGAUGAUGACGAUGAUGACGAAGAUAAGAUAACGAUAAUGAUAAUAAUAAUGAUACUGGUAAUAAUAGUAAUAAUGAUAAAGAUAAUAAUUAUGUCGAUGACGAUAAUAGCCGAAUAACAAAGAGCUACUAGUCUACCAAUCCCAGGCAUGCUAAUAAGUAGUACGUAUGCAUCACAAUAUGCUGAGUAUCUAACACAAAAAUAUUUAAUAGCAGUACAGUGGCUAAAGAUGAUAAUAAAACUGAAACGUAAUAAAUACUAUAGAAAUGGUUCAAAGAGAGCGCAGAAACUCUUUGUUAUAAUAAAAAAGCAUGACUCUUGCUAUUGCCAGUUUGAAAAAUAACAUAUAAUUUAACAAUCUGUAGGUUAACAGCAAAUAUGAUUCCUAUUGCUUAUACUAUGACAAAUAUAAAAAUAUAAAUGAAUAAUGAUUUUAAAGUAGGUCAAUCACAUCGUCGUUUUUCAUCCGACCAGCGAUACACUUAGCUUCGCUUCAAGAUAAAACAGAAAGGAUUACUAAUUUUGAAGAUCUACAAAGUUAUCUUUGCAUAUUCUUUCGGGCAUGUUGGCAACUAAAUUAUGCAAUUUAUGUGUAUUUUAAAACGUAGAUGCUGUUAGUUAAGAAUGGAAGAAUAGUUAAUACUCGUACACAUAUACAAGCCGAAAAAACACCCUUCCAAGGUCAACGAGGUAGCAUGAUUAGUUUAUUACCUGUUGUAUAUCUUUUUCCUUUUCCAAAUUCAACGUAAUAAUAGCUGAACCUAACAACAUUUUUGGCCUUAUUCCAGGUUAACCACAGCAAUCGAUUUUACCUUCAAUUUUCCAAAAUAUGCCUCAGAAAUAAACAAAAGAUUAGAUGUGGGACUAGCUCAAAUUCUCUUUGGACCAAAAGUUCUUGAUCUGCACUAAUCUGGCUAACGCCUUCAAGCGUCUUUAAAAUCCUAAGCUAAUCUGAAGUUACCUAAGGCAGAUAAAAUGGCUGAAGGAGGGAGACAGGCUCAACUACUUGAUGAUAAAGUCAUUUUCAGUUUGGUAACCCGACAAAGUGUCUAGUUUCCGUUAGGACUGCCUUUUCGCUUGCCAAAAUCUUUGCGGCCGCAUUUCACUUUCUACCAGAUAAUUCUUCUUAAAACGUCCAAAAACAUUGAUUGGAGAGAUGAAAUGUCGAGAAAAACACCACUCUUUUUAGGUUGCGUUAUAGAGUCUCAGAGGAGAAGUUGUCACCCCACGUUGCCAUGGUAGCAAAAUUUCUGGAUCUCAACACAUCGUGGUCCCGUAAAUAUGGCAGAAAAAAAAAAACCAAAAAAUUGACAUGUAUGACUUUCCUGUGCAUGGUUGAAGUCAGGAACAAAACAGCCUAUACUUUUCUUCCACCGUUUGACAAUGUAAAUGGCUAUCUUUAUCAAGAGCAAUUGUCGAGUUCCAGAACUUCUUCUACCCUGGUAACGUGACGUCAAACUUCUCUCUAAAUAAGUUGAUCAAAUGUAGGUUUGCAUUAGUCGUAAACCGUAACUUAUUUCAUUCCUCACAUUAUGCACUUUUCUCUUGUACAUACUACGUGCGCUGACAGUGAACGCCUGUAUUCCAAACCCAUGCAAUAACGGCGGCACGUGCCUUUUGGGAGAUGAAGGCAGCUUUGUGUGCCGCUGUCCCACAAAGUUUUCGGGGGCAACAUGUGAAGGCAAGUUUAACGCGAAUUAAAUCUCGUUAAGUGCACAAACUGUGAACAUGUAAAAAGUUUAGGAAACUCCCAGCAAAGAAAACACUCAAGCUUGUGUCACGCAUUUGCACGACAUUAACUAAUAGGCACUGGAUUCCAGUAGUAGAGUUUUGAAUGAUGUGCCCAUGUUACCUAAUGGUCAGCAGAAUUUCCAGGGCCCCGUUGCUCAAGAGGUGAAAAGCGCUAUCCAGGAGAUAAAUCCCUAUCAACUGGAUAGCGCAGUUUCCUAAUACUUAUCCGCUGGAUACUGAUUUAUCCUUUGGAUAGUGCUAUCCAACGUUGAGCAACAGGAGCCAGAGAGAUACCCGCACGAGGAAAAUAUUAAAAUCAUUCUGUGACUAAGUAUGAAAGAUUUAAAAACACCCUACUCUCUUUCCUGAGCCCGUAUCCUUAGUUUUAAGAGUACCAUCUAUUCCUAUGACUCUACUGCGGUUCAGAAAUGACUGACAGAACGAGAAAAUUAUGGCCUUCAUUUAAAAAGAAUUUUCAGAUUGAUUGAAAGGCAAAUAAAGGCAUCAUGUGUCUGAAUGUACUUGGUCCUUGGUCUUUCAGAGGCAAACAAAGUACAAAGAUUGCGGCUUCGACCUAAGCCUCAUCGUAAGUUAAGAGAAUGUUUAGUUCAUUAAAAAAACAAAACAAUUGACUGAAGAAAUAUGCAAAAAUACGGAAAGAUUUUUAUGGUCUUUCGGGGAUGAUAUACAUACCAGGAGCCCAUAACCAACUUAUUAUGCAGUAUUAUUGCAUGCUAACUGGUUGAACAGGACAAUAACAACAAGACAAAUCUUUGAUAUUUUCAUCACCUUUGAAAGAUGGACACAGCAUGAUUAUUUGAUGUUGAUGAUGAUAAUGAUGAUGAUGAUGAUGAUGACAGGAUAACGAUAAUGAUAAUAAUAAUGAUACUUGUAAUAAUAGUAAUAAUGAUAAGGAUAAUAAUUAUGUCGAUGAUGAUGAUAGCAAUAACAAAGAGAUAUUAGUCUACCAAUCCCAGGCAUGCUAAUAAUUAGUACGUAUGCAUCACAACAUGCUGAGUAUCUAAUACAAAAAUAUUUAAUAGCAGUGGUUAAAGAUGAUAAUAAAACUGAAACGUAAUAAAUACUAUAGAAAUGGUUCAAAGAGAGCUCAAAAACUUUUUGUUAUAAAUAAAAAGCAUGACUCUUGCUAUUGUUAGUUUGAAAAAUAACAUAUAAUUUAACAAUCUGUAGGUUGACAGCAAAUAAGAGUCCAAUUGCUUAUGCCAUGAAAAAUAUAAAAAUAUAAAUGAAAAAUGAUUUUAAAGUAGCUCAAUCACAUCGUCGUUUUUCAUCCAAUCAACAAUACACUUAGCUUCGCUUUAAGAUAAAACAGAAAGGAUUACUAGUUUUGAAGAUCCACAAAGUUAUCUUUGCAUAUUCUUUCGGGCAUGUUGGCAACUAAAUUAUGCAAUUUAUGUGUAUUCUAAAACGUGGAUGCUGUUAGUUAAGAAUAGAGGGAUAGUUAAUUCUCGUACAAAUAUACAAGCCGAAAAAAACACCCUUCCGAGGUCAACGGGGUAGCAUGAUUAGUUUAUUACCUGUUGUAUAUCUUUUUCCUUUUCUAAAUUCAACGUAAUAAUGGCUGAACCUAACAACAUUUUUGGCCUUAUUCGAGGUUAAACAUAGCAAUCGAUUUUACCUUCAAUUUUCCAAAAUAUGCCUCAGAAAUAAACAAACGAAAAGAUGUGGGUCUAGCUCAAAUUCUCUAGGACCAAAAGUUCUUGAUCUGGAGGGGAGAGGGGAGGUGGUGGGGAGUGCUCCGUCCCUGACAACUGAACUUUUGGAACAGGCUUGUACAGCUAAUGGUUUAGGUAAAGAGCGAUUUUACUCUCAGUGCCAGCAUCUAUGACAUUUGGAACAAAAGAAAGCGUUUGCACCUGCAAAAGAGUUCAACUCUCAAAGGAUUUACUUAUUACACCAACAUGGCCGCCGUUUCAUUCUUUUGAAAAACCAAUAUGGCCGUUGUGACGUCAUGUGAAAACGCCCCAUGAAGUAAAUGAUAUAUUGAAAUGAGUCAUAACGUAGUUGAUUUCCUCCUUUUUUCUUCUAGUGGAUUAUUGCAAUCCCAAUCCUUGUAAGAACAAAGGCGUGUGCGUGGUGGAAGAAGAAAAAGGCUACAGCUGUGCGUGCGAGCCUGGUUUUGCUGGUUUCCAUUGUCAAGGUACGUUAGACGACCUGUAAGGUAAAUUUCCCGAUUUAUUUCUAGUUUUUCGGAUUCUGUCCACUAGUGUGUAAGUCAAGAAGACUGGCAACUGUUGCGUUGUAAAUAAAAAGCGUGAGAAAUAAGGCCUUGAUCGUGAUUCUCAGUCCCGUCCCAACUGAGGUCAGAAUCAAGCAAGUAUAGACCUUUUCCGCAUUCUUGUGAACAAAGGCACAAACUCGAGGUCAGAACCAAGCAAGAAUAGACCCUUUCCACAUUCUUGCGAAAGAAGGAACAAACUCGAGGUUUGGGUAACAAAAAACAGUGAUUUGUCUGAAAUUGUCCACUCAAGCUUUCACCUCGGUUUCAUUUACUUACCCGGUUGCGAUAGCAGUCAAUACGCACACUUGGCCAUCUGUGAGGGAAAACUCCCAGAGGUUCUGUGAACAGGCUACAAUGGAGCAGAUAGAGUGCAGGGAAAGUGUUAAGCUUUUUCCGUGACAUAAUAAAUAAGUAACUUAUUCCUUUUAGAUGAUCAUUGUAAUCCUAACCCGUGCCAUAACCGGGGCGUGUGCGUUCGAGACAAGACAAGCCAUUACAGAUGUAACUGUCAUAAUGGGUUUUUGGGACGCAACUGUGACGGUAAGAAAUAAAAUAUCCUUUCUUCAUGUAUAAAUAAGGAAUGAUUUAGAAUGGGUGGUACUUCCACAUAUAGUGGCUCUUCAUUUAUCUUUCUCUCAUCUCACUGGAUUUUUAGCUCUACAUUCAUCUCUCACGAAAACAGACAACCUCGUGGAGAGCACUAUGAGUCCUUCUAAUAGAGAUGUCAGUCUUAUAGAGAGUCAACUAAAGGGGGUGAAGAAAGGCAAGACACCAACUCUAGGUGUCCGCCUAGGGAGGUGUCCGUUACUGUACUGUAUCGCUACUUAUUAAUUCAUAACAUGUUUUUUGCAGUCAAUUCUUGUGUACCCAAUCCCUGUAAAAAUGGAGGUUUGUGCGUGACAGUUCCAGGAAAAGGCUACCAGUGCAAGUGUCGGGACGGGUUCAAUGGUCCUCACUGCGAAAGUAAGCUCUUGAUGCGAAAUUUGGGUUGGUAAAGUCACCAGAGUUCCGAAAAUAGGUCCAGAUUUUAAGUUAAAGAACUCCCUGAUAAACUGACAAUUUAAGCCAAUCGCCUGAGAAUAAAAAUGGCAGUUUAUAGCGAAAAUACACAGUGAACGCUUUGCCCUAAAGCAUUUUCAAUUGCGUUAUUAUUACUAUUAUUUUUUUUAUUAGGCUGCAGACUAGAAGAACGCGAGCUUAAAAGAAAGCGUCAGGCAGAUUAUUCACGGGGUUAAACCUGGGAAUGAUAAAUGGGCCAGGUCUUUUUUUUCCUUGAAAUUUUUGUUUCAGCUACAGUGAUAUUCAGAUACUUUCAACUCUCUCUAAGGGGCACAUCUUUGGGAUCAGCACCAAGUGUUCGUCUAAGAAUGAUGUCCGUCUUAAAAAGAGUCAACUGAAAGGAAAUGAGAAAGGGAGGGACCGACACUGUAUAAGCGACCGGGACCAGACAAUAUGAAGCGACCGUUUUACCAGGUUUUUACAUAGGUGUCCGCUUUUAAGAGUAAAAAAAGAGUAAAAUCGAGCAUUUUUGCCUUCGCAUUUUGAAAGGUAAUCCAUGUUACGGUUGGAAAAAAAUCCAUUUUUAGUUAACGGAGGCCAUGUCGAUUUGACCUGGUUUUGUUUUAAACGGUUCGCAUUUUCAGGUAAUCCAUGUUAUCCCAAUCCAUGUAAUAACGGAGGAAGUUGCCUGGUGUUUUACACGGUUUAUUUGUGCAAGUGUCCACGAGCUUACAGAGGAACAAGAUGCAACGGUGAGGGCUGAUAUUUUAAUUAUUUUUAAUCAAAAACCCUAUUCAAACUUUAGAUACGUAAAGGGAUUUAUUGACUGGUAUAGUUGUAUUUUGUAUUUGUGUUAUCUUACGUACAUACAUUUAUCUUUCAAUUCAAAAUGAAUAAUAGAGGCUGUUAACAUGGAGGGGGAAGAUCUCUAGCACCAGGAAGAUCAUAGAAGGUGUAUCAUCCUAGAGCCAUAUGUUUUCUGUAUUCAGUUUACAUAAGGGUACUUGUCCCUAGUACUAGGAACUUCCUAGUACUAGGAUCUUCCAAGCUGAGAAGUAGGAAGAAGCACCAUGUACACUGCCUUCGCUCGGUAGAUUCUUGUGCUAGGGACAAACCAGAAAAAAAUGGCAACCAGUCGUUCAGUGGCUAAUCACGGCAAUGAAGCCGACCAUUUCGUUUGGCUUUACCAUGUGCUGAUUAUUGUGAUAAUUCUGCUCAAAGGUAGUUUUUACCUCUAGUGUAGAGAGCAGAGGGCCUGUCAUCAUUAAUUCUUUAAGGAAUAGUUGUUCUGUCCUCUAGGAUGUAAACAGCAUGUAAACAGCUCCUCAGAUCUGAAUCUUUCCUUCUAUUUUUGUCCACCCAGUUCUUAUACCUGAUCAAGCUUUAGCUCCGCCUCCACCUCCAGUUACCUCAGCAAAUUUUAUUUCCGAGGUAGCGCCUGUACGCAAGACAACCGAGAAUAUGAAAGGUAAUGAAUUUUGGAAUUCCUUUUGUACUCAUCAGGCCGAGUAUCUGCCAUCUAAAAUCACUAAGGACUAUGUUAGAACUGACUUUGUUAACUGACAAGCUUGUGUGCAAGUUUAGCGAAUGGAGUUGUGGGUAGUAACAAGUUCUUAGUUCUUUUCAUUUUGAGAAACCAAUGCACCUAAAAGAUGUUUAUUAUGAAUAGUAUUGAGAAAAGCAAGAACAUUUGUAGUCUAAGAACAAACGCCACUUACAAAAAGAUCAAGAGAUUCAAUAACUGCGGUGAAAUUCGUUUUCUUGAAUCGACCCUAGAUGGGUCAAAAUGAAAAAAGGUUUCCAGUGAGGCAUUUUCUUGAGAUAAUAUGAGUAGUAAAGCGACAUAUUUCUGAUAUGACGAUUUUUGAAGUAAGCAAGACUUUCAGAAGCUUGCAGCAGAAUAGCUAAUAGAAAGCAGGGCCAUGGAGUUCUCAGGCUACACGAUUUUCGUAACCUUAAAAUUGUUGAAAAUCCAUUGUAAAAAUAAUGUUAUUGUAAUGAUGAUAACAUCUAUAAUAACAAUAGAAGGCUUGUUGAGUAGCAAUUGAAAAUAUCAACUGAUCAAAAGAUGUCGGGUACUAACUUCCUAUUGACUUGAACCUUACCUCUUAAGGCAAUCAAUUAGUCUGAGAAAACAGCCGACAUCUCUCGCGCGACGUCAUCACUGGUUUCCCCCCUAAGGACAGAAAAUCCAUACUGAUGACGUGUCACUAAGAAUAUCGGAGCAGUACUUCUGAUUGGCUGAAACUUUGUUUCAUCCAAUCAGAUGCACUACCCAGAUCUGGGUAGUGACACGUCAGCAGAAUGGAAUUUCUGCGCUCGUUCUUCAGACGUCAUUUCACAGGGAAACCAGUUUUGGAGUCAAGACAUAUCGGCUGUUUUCUCAGGCAAGCAAUCUAACCUAAAUAACUAAGCGUAAGCUACAUACGUAAACAAACUUAAUUAUUUAAUCAUUUUUAAAGAUUACGUGAUCCGAGAUUACUUGUCACAAGUUCUGACUGAAUACUGACCUAAGACUAAUCUUUUACUAACAUUAGCCAACCCCUGCACGUCCAAUCCCUGCCUCAACUCUGCUGUUUGUCUUGAGACAAUUGACGAUAACUACGAGUGCUUUUGCCGUGGUGAUUUCUCUGGACCAAGAUGUGAAGGUUUGACUGACACUGACUUUGACAAAGCCUACUUGACAAUUAUAUCACUACAAACUGACAUGUAGAGUCCUUAACGAGCACGACAUGUGACCUACCGGAUGCUAUAUACCGUCUUAUACAAAAACUUGGCGUGUGCCUUUGGAAAACAUUGAAACUCAGAGAUAUAUUUACGCAAAGGGUAGAAAACACUUGCUUUUGCUGUAGAUAUGAUACAAAUUUUGCCUCGGAUAUGAAACCGUUUAGCUACCAGAAGGAGUUAUGGCUGUUUACUGAUUAUUCAGUCUAGUCAAAUUGACCUAUUUCACACACACUGAAGUCAUUGAGCUUUGCUUCAGCUUAUAGGCAAGCGAUAAUAAAUACACUAAAAACCCCCAAAAAGUUGAAAUAUUUACUACAGUGUAUGUGCAAGAUAAAACUAAGUCAACAGUACUGCAAACAGAACAAUGACAGAUUUCUUUACGAAGAAACACGAAACUGGAACAUGAGCGAUAAAAAUCGGGUAGGAUGUACUCCCGGAAGAAAUGUUUCAUGUCUUUAUACUUUGUUUAUUCUUUUAGAUGUUGGAGCCUACAAGUACUCUUCUGCUCCAAAAUUCUUUCCUGGGAAAGGAGGUUGGUAAUUUUCGUUUUCUUGACAUUCCUCUUGGUAAUCGACUCUGGUUAUAAGCGUUUCACUUAACUUUUAGAACACUUCAUCAUAAGUUAGUGAAGUCUUGUAUACCUGUUGGCCUGUUUUGGUGUUAUGCUUAUAGAACCAGAACGUAGCGGCAUUCUCAUGCAAACGGCAUUCUCUCAUCAUUCCCAAAAAUAAUAUUGACGAACGAAUGUGAAACCUCUCCGUGUAAAACGGUCACAAAAUUCUAUCAACAAGCACGAAUCAGUUGUCAUUCAUCGCAAAAUAAGCGAGUGUAAAAUUUCCGUCUGUUUCAGAUAGAAUUGGAAUUUGGAAUUGUUGGUUUUUGAGAAGAGGUAUCGGGGAAAUGAACCUCUUGUACUAAGGGAGACAAACAACAAGAAACGCAACCCGCAAAUGGUGUCGAUAUCGGGACUCAACCCAAGCAACAUGGUGGGAGGCGAGUGUCUCGUCAUCGCGCCACCCUUUCUAUUUUUAUUGGGCUGAUUAACUGGGGCUCAAAAUUGCUAGCCAGAGUGUUUGAGAAUCUUAUUCUUGUUGUAUUCACAGAGGAAUGUCUGCACUGUGAUCGUGAUGCCCACUGUGUAGGUGGGCACUGUAUCUGCAAGCACGGUUUCGUUGGAGAUGGCCUGGAUUGCUGGGGUGAGAAUGCUACUGUCUUCCAGGAAAACAUUCCAUGUUGUUUAUUAAUUACUACACAGAGCUUUUAAAAAAGGCUUUUAUCCUCUAUUUCUGUGAAAAAUAUAACUUAAGCAAUUAAUUUUAAUAUAGCGAAUACUUUUUGAAUUCUCUUUUAGUGGAAACCCAGCGAGACAAAGAUUGGAUGUGUCAAGCUUCCCCGUGUAUGAAUGGUGGUACAUGCAAGCCAGGAAUAUCAAAGUGUGUCUGCAGGCUGGGCUAUGUUGGUGACUAUUGUGAAUGUAAGGCUUUUCAACAAGUUCAUUUGAGUGGUUAAUAAUUCUUUAAACUUGCUGUAGAUUCAUUACCCCGUUCCGCGAGUGAGGUUAAUUUAGUGAGUUUAAGCAGCGGCGUUUUUGAGCGAAGCACGUUAACCGGAAGUGGACUUUUUUUUGCACACUUGAGCCAUGAUUUUGAACAAACGUUUAGUCAUAUCGUCUCUAUAAGGGUAAAGACACUUAGCAAUACAAAUUUGGUGUCGUCAAGGAAUAUUAAAAGAGAAAAAGGCUCAUUUGCGGUUGACGUGCGCCGCUCAAAAACGUUCGGCUGGUUAAUUUCCCGUUUUGUUGAUGUGGCAGUAGGCCCUUUGCAGCAUGUCAUACACAUGGUACAAAGCCAUUAUACUUGAUAUUAUAAUCAUUAAUCAAUUGCAUUUCGUUAACAGCGUACUGCCCACCUUCCAUACACUUAAGUUUUGACAAGUACACCCAGAGUGGAUUACAAGAUGAUUCCGGAAGUGGAAACGAUGGGCUUCUUGCAAACGGAGCACAAAUUGUUCCACAUGGUGGAAAAUGUGGUAAUGCGGCUAACCUACUAGGUAAGAUCCAUAAACAACGUAGAAAUGUUCAAAAACAGUUCGUUCAACAUAGGCAAGUUAACAUCUUGAGGAAGUAGUAUAGGGUGCACCGAAUUAUCCUUUUGGGGCUGGAAUCUCAUUAAAUUGCGCAGGAAUACAUUAACGACGAUGACGUCAUAGCCCUUUGUCUUUAUUUUUGGAUAAAAUGGGAUGGAAUCACGUGUGCUAAUUAGGUAGUUUAACUGGUUUAACGGGAUUUCUAGUUAUGGUUAGGUCGGUGAAUGUUGUGGUUUUUAAGUAUUCUUUGGUUGAUAAAUGUUGUGGAAGGAAUAACAGCUAGCCCGCCAGUGACUUAAAAUUACUGAGCUGUAACGUAAUAAUUCUUAAAUAUAAAGCCGCUUUCAAUGUCUAUUGCUUAAAGAAAAAUUGUUUCACUUGCGGUUCAUUGAUUCUUGGCGCCUGAAUCGUUCAUUUUUGUGAAGACGAAGACAAACUAACUCUUUCUAGUACGAAACACAUUGUGUACUUAUUCCUCCCCUUCUUGCUUCUCUAAAAUUCAAUUAGUACGAAACUCAUUAACUAUUUUUUUAUUUUCCAUCCACCACCACCACCACCACCACCGCCGUCUCCUCAUCGCAGGUGGAGACGUGCUUCUUGAUGGCGCACACUUCCAAAGAAUACCAAGGGAGGGUAUCACCAUAGCAACGUGGAUCAAACUUGACACAAACAAAGGCAUCCAAUCAAUAUUCGACACAGUGGGAAGUCAUUCAAGGCACAGUGACGGGCAGUAUCACUUUGAAAUUGAGAAUGCAAAGGUUCGGUGGUUUCACAGAAAUGAGGAUCAUAAUACCAUAUUCAGCUUGGAAACUCGUCCCUUGAUAAGGGAGGGGCAGUGGACACAGAUUACGGCCACAUACAACGCAAAGAGACAGCGAGCGAGAGUAAGUGAUUAAAGAGUUAUGACGAAUCUUUAGGACUCUUCUAGAAGUAUUCCAACACUAAAUAUUGAAGGCAAGGCCUGAUAUUCUUCAAUCUCUAUUUGAUAAUUAUCCAAUGAGCCGUGGUGAUAUUUGCCUUCAUAAGCAGCCAGUUAAUUUGUUUUUACACUUAAUUUUUUUAAAUUUUGUCUACAAAAGUUGUAAAUGAAUAGAAUCAGUCUGAGAAUGGGUAAAAAAACUGUACCCUCGGAGAUGAAGAUAGAAAGCGCUGGUUAUGUAUUCCAGGCUGAGUUAAGAAUAUGGCACUCGCUUAGCGAAGUCGUAAAAUCACGACCGAUGGACAUGUUUUACUACCUUGCCUGUAGAAAUGACCAAAACAUCAUUGCGAUUAGUGCUCCCUGAUGAAAUUUUGGUUCGAUAUCUUCUUCAUAUCUCGACAGGAGCAUUUCGUGCGUGGGUAGCAGUAUCCUCGAGAAAUAACCCCUUUGAUAUUUCCGUUUGUAGGUCUAUGUUAAUGGUGAUCUGCGAGAAGAAGUGCGAGGACAAGGCACGCUGUCUCAGGAUUGGGGAGGCAAGGCUGGAAUUGGCCGCCACAAACAUCAAUUCGGAAAUCGCCUCCUAAGAGGAAUGAUAGACGAGUUCUACAUUUUCCCUUGCGAACUACCUCGCCUAGAAAUCCUUGUGCUCAUGAGACAUUGCCAUGUCUAUUUCAGUAAGUUUAUGAUGAAAGUUGUCAUUUAUCGUCCAAUGUAUGUAACAGGUUCCCUUAUCACUAGUCUUGCAAUAAUCACUUUGAUGUUUAUUGCGACGUUCUGACCGAGUCGGUUGGCUGAUAAACAUUAUUCUAACCGCCAAUAAGUGAUCGAAACAUCGUGAUCCAUAUUAGGGAAAGCAACAUAUUUAAUGACAAGCAGUCUUGAUAAACAGUUAUGAGUUCCCGUUUUCUUCUUUUUAGAACAUGCAAAGAAAGUGACAGAGGAAUCCUCAACGACGAGGGGUCCUGCCUCAAUUAUGACUCUGCCUACCAAUGGGCAACGAAAUAAUCAACCCUAUCUUCCCCGUCCGUCUCCAACGGCUGUUAGUCAAAGUUUUACUACGGUGGCUCGAGCCUAUCACAAGCAACAACCCACUUCUUCAGACUUUAUUGCCAAUAAUUUGCAGCAGAUACUAGCCAGCCUAUCCAGUGAGAACCAGCCUCCUGGAAGCAAUCCAUCUACGAUGUCUCGCCCACACCAGGCAUAUGGGAAAGACCAACAACAAGCGAAAGCACCAAACGCCUACGAGCCAGUGUCACUGUCAGCUGCACAACCUCAAACUAUCAAUUCUAAUCAGAUAGCGCAAACCUUGCCUUCUUAUAGGUGGAAUUACUAUCAUCCUGGCGCAGCUGCACCAGUUUCAAAUAAAGCUGCAGUUAGGUAUGGCACCCAAGCAAUGCAGUCAGCGAACAAGAAUCCCCCAUCAGCUAUGACUGCUUUAUUACCAGCUCAAUCUCAAGGAACUCUCAGGCAUGAGACUCCAGCUGCUGUGCAACAAAUGAAAAGGCCACUUUUGGGUCAAGCCUCACCCACGCGGCAGAUGAGUUCUAAUCGUCAACCUGCUCUGCUAAAUCAAAAUCCAUAUCAAACAUCGUCCAGGCUUAACCCACCGGCAAAGGUACAGCAGGGUAAUGCCGCAGGGAUUCAGCAAGUUCCUAUAAGAAAUUUCCAGGGAUAUAAUUAUUUUCCUACUUCGGGAGGAUCCAUGGUCAAUAACCAUCUAGGAUUUCCUGAAAGGACGUCCAGUUAUGCGCAGAUACAUAACCCGAUUGUUUGGCAUAUUCCAUUACCAAAAACCAAGACUGGAGUACCAGUUCGUUUCAGGAUACCACUCACCUCUCUAUCCAUUAAUAGCAUGGGACAGUUAAGGGCAGGAAAGCAGUUCAACGUUCAUCAGACUGGCCCUCCACUAAAAGGGAUUGCUCAAAAUAUGCUUAAGACACCUGUUGCUUCCUUUCAACAACCAUUUGUUCAAAAGCAACAAGUCAAGUUAAUUCAACCUAUGCUAAACCAGAACCCCGAGCCUGGAGGACCUCGGGCUCAAGUAGCUUCUCCUCUACAACAGAAUCAGCAAUCGCUUUCAUCCAAACUGGCGUUGCUUGAAGCACCUCACCGACAAACUAUCACUUCACAAAUGUCACAGACUCACUUUCCUCAAACGGCAGCACCCAAUCAGAGACCAUCUUUACCAAUACAAGCAUAUAAUAACAACAUGUUUGCGAGACCACCUUAUUCUCCAAGUGUAAGGCAAAAAGUUUUACUAUCCUCAAACAGGAUACAUCCAUCUUUAAAUGGUGCUCUUGCACAGACAACGCAGCACCUUCCCCAAGUUGCCCCUUUAAGGCCACACUACAUUUAUGGACAGAAUUCUUGGCCUUGGGGCGCUUGGAGAAACCAGGCUCCACCUUUAAAACUAGCUUCAAGUCGGUCUUCGAGUCCACAAUGGUAUCCAACAACAAAUUCUCCGUUCACGGUGUCGCCACAGGUAUUGUUAUACUACUAUUUGUAUCCUAAGACGAUUAUGAAUCCUCUAAACAAGCUAGGUAACUUGAGAGGUGAAAAGGGAAACUUCUGGCAAAAGUUGAAAGACCAGAUCUCUAGGACUGUUCCUUUCAGAAACCUCAAAGUAGCUACAGUAGCAAGUGACCCGACUGUGACAGGACAAAUACAAGUAAAACCUACUAAUCUACAAACUGGACAGUCAAAAUCAAACAUAGCCACCUAUGGUGCCUUCAGACCACGUGUACAGACGUCUAAGAACGCUCCAUAUUACGGAGUCGUAAAAGAACCAUUAAAAACUCUCCUAUCAGGAGGAUUAGCUUCGAGUAGCUUACACAAUCCGCUGCAGGCAAAACAGCAAGUACAAACUGCUCUCUCACAAACUCCGCUUGUGAAGGGUAUGCGACAAACGACUUAUUUACCCCAACAAACUCCAUGGACCUUACCUGGCGUCGCAAAUCAACUUGGCGCCUUGACUCAACCUCAAGCGACUGUUAACACACAACUUCCUGGAGACAGGAAGUCACAACUAAUGAACGGACUACGUAACCGACCAAUAUAUAUACAGACAGUACCAUACCAGACUUAUUACCUUCUACAACAACAGCCUGCGUAUAACACGCAGUCUGACACACAGCGUUAUCUUUCUAAGGUGUUGGGUGAUAUACUUAGAUUAAGGUAUCUUACGCAAAAAAAGAAAAAGAAAAGAAGAGGGGCAGAGCAAAGGAAAUCGGCGUCCGAUAAAACAGGGGUUAACGACAAACGAACGGGCGCCCCAAAAAGAAUAAUUCACCCUAGAUGA